CUCCCCUGGCCACAGUCUCCUCCGCGGGUGCCUGGUCAUGCCAGGAAAAAAGAGGAAAGAGAAAGGGCAGGCUGGCCUCGGUGGGUGAAGUCGUGCCAGGAGGGCGGUGACACCUUCUCACACGACCUGAGGGAAAGUGCUGAGCUCCCAGCUGCCUGUCACGGUGCCGGUGCGGGAAGAAGAGGUGACCUCUUUAUUUUUAGAAGGGGGCUGUCAUAAUAGCCCUGCCCGGAGCUUCAUUCACAGCAGCGAGCAGGCUCUUUGGGAGUUUGUAAACAGCAACUUUCUGAGUAGGGAGGAGCGUUAUUUUUUUUCCAAAAAGGAAAGAACUGCAUCGCUAGGGUUUCCCCUGAUGCUCAGGGGAGGGGGAUCGUGGAAGACAUUAUAGCUUGAAAUCCUUAGCGGGGCAAGCAGGUGCCACAGCUGCCUGCUCUGCUAGUGUUUUUAAAGGGCAGAAAUGCCUGAAAGUGAAGACUCUGCAGGCGAAAGCUGGGAAGUUAUCAAUUCCAAGCCAGAUGAAAGACCCCGACUCAGUCACUGUAUUGCAGAAUCGUGGGUGAACUUCAGCAUAUUUCUUCAAGAAAUGUCUCUUUUUAAACAGCAGAGUCCUGGCAAGUUUUGUCUCCUGGUCUGCAGUGUGUGCACAUUUUUUACAAUCUUGGGAAGUUACAUUCCUGGGGUUAUCCUCAGCUAUCUACUGUUACUGUUUGCAUUUCUGUGUCCACUGUUUAAAUGUAAUGAUAUCGGACAAAAAAUCUUCAGCAGAAUCAAGUCAGUUCUGCUGAAACUAGAUUUUGGAAUUGGAGAAUAUAUUAAUCAGAAGAAACACGAGAGGUCUGAAGCAGACGAAGAAAAAUAUCACAAAGAUGACAGUGAAUUAGACUUUUCUGCUCUUUGUCCUAAGAUCAGCCUUACAGUUGCUGCCAAAGAAUUAUCGGUGUCUGACACAGACGUCUCAGAAGUAUCUUGGACUGAUAACGGGACCUUCAACCUGUCAGGAGGAUAUACUCCGCAGACAGACACUUCCGAUGACCUUGACCGGCCUAGUGAGGAAGUUUUCUCUCGAGAUCUUUCAGAUUUUCCAUCUGUAGAAAAUGGCACGGGAACAAAUGAUGAAGAUGAAUUAAGCCUUGGUUUGCCCACUGAGCGCAGGAGGAAAAAGGAGCAGUUGGACAGGGGCCACAUACCGAGCAGAGAGAGGCCAUCAGCAGCCGGGCUCACUCUUCCCCUGAGCAGUGACCAAGCCCUCCAAUUGAUGAGCAGCCUGGCUGGAGAGGUCAUCACGGCUGCAGUGACAGCUGCUGUCAAAGACCAGCUCGAAGGGGCUCAGCAAGCUCUGGCUGCCACCGCGCCCAGCCCGGAAGAGGACACAGACACUGAAGAAGGGGAUGACUUUGAACUGCUUGACCAGUCAGAGCUGGAUCAAAUUGAGAGUGAGUUGGGACUCACGCAAGACCAGGAAGUGGAAGCUCAGCAAAACAGGAAGUCUUCCGGCUUCCUUUCCAACCUCCUCGGCGGCCAUUAAGCAGGGAGUAGGCUUGCAACAGAGCACAGACAAACCACCAAAAAGUUUCAACCAAGCAAAAGUAAAAAAAACAAAACCAAAAAACAAAAAAGAAAGAAAAAUGGAAAAAAAAUGUAACUGUAAGCUUUAAUGAUUACUUCAGAGUUUCUUGUUUUAUUUUCCCUUCUGCGGUGAGUUAAUUGGAUAUAUAUCAGCCAACAAUGAUAGAUUGGUAUUUCUGAUAGUUAUUUUUAUGUAAUAAGCAUGGAAAUGAACUUCAUAUACAUAUAAACCAUGUUGUCAGAAAUAUUAGGAGUUGUUUUUAAAGCAAAAAGGAAAAAACCCAAACACCAAAUUAUUAAGAUCGUACUGUAAGGAUUCUUUAUAAUUAAUUUCCAAGCAUGCAAAAGUUUAUUGUAACUCAUUGAAAAUAUUAACAAUUAACUGUGAAUAUACGCUGUAUCAGCCCCCUUGUUCCUAAUACUUGGAAAUAAUUUUUUAAAAACCGGUAAGUUUUAAUGUAGAAAGACAGAAAUUAUCAAAGGAUCUCUAGCUGAAGGACUUGGGAAAUAUUAUCAAUGUUAGUGACCUAGGAAAAAUUCUGAAAGUAAGAAGUACAGAUAGGCUGGAACAUCUCCAUGUUUUUUUCUGCAGUCGUAGGCACAGGUGUACUUGUAAAGUGACGAUCUUAUUGACUGCCUUCUCUGGUCUUGUGACGCGGGGGCUCUUAACUCAGAAAAGCAAGCAGUUGUGUAUCAUGUAGGUGGAGGAGAUUCAGCUGUCCUGUUGCCCGUUUUUGGCCUCUGUUUAUGAUAGAGAUGUGAGUGCAGGUCUAUUCUGACUGCUCUCACUCAAUGCUCAUAUUUUAUGUUGUGUCAUGAAAGAUGUCGCCUAAAAUCUUGAAACUAGUUAUGGAUGUGUUCUAGGAAUGGUGUCAUCAUCACAAUAAAGAAGUAAUAACUCUGUUUCCUUAGUCUGUAUAGAUAGAAAAGAUGGCUGGCUUUAAAAUAUUUAUUUGCUGUUGAAGUCCAAAUAUGUCACCUGUUUCUUAUUGGGAAGCUAGAAUAUAUAUUUUCCUUGGCCUUAAAUUUUUUUGAUCAUCUUUUAAUGAUC